AUGGCGGAGCUCGCGUCAGGCGCUGUGAGCUCGCUGCUGGGCGUCAUCCGCAACGAGGCGCUGCUGCUGGGCCGCGUCCGGCACGACGUGCAGUUCAUCCAGGAGGAGAUGGAGAGCAUGCAGAGCUUCUUGACUCAUCUGUCAAAGAAGGCACCCGCCGGCGGCGAGCACGACGAGCAGAUUCGCACGUGGAUGAACCAGGUCCGGCUGCUCGCCCAGGACAGCAACAACUGCAUCGAUCUGUAUCUGUACCGCGGCAACCCCGAGAUCCAUCUAGCCAGGGGCGGCCUCCGGCGGUACAUCGCAUGGCUUCCCUGGUUUGUGCACAAGAUGGUGGCGCAGCAUCGUGCGGCUAUUCAGCUCCGUGCGCUCAGGGAACGUGCCCGUGACAUUGGUGAGCGGCGAUUGAGAUAUGGCGUCGAGGUACCAGCGAAAGGGGCAGGACCGGAGCAUUCGCCUCUAGGGGCUGGGCUCACGCCCGCGGCUGCACUGUCCUCGGCGGUGCAUGCGGCAGCAUCAUCUGCUGCUUCCGGAGAUGAAGAAGAAGAUAAUGACGAUCAACUCGUGGUUGCAACAAAGACCACCAAUCAUUCUGGUCGAAGAGGGGCAUUUUUUGAGCCUCCUACACCGGAGGACAAUGUUAAGGCGAAGCUAGCUGAAUGGAUAGAGGAUGUUGCACAACGCAGCACUGCUGAGAAGAAAUCAAUACAAUCCAUCGCCAUUGUGGCACCAGAUGAGCAAGAUACCUGCGCUAUUGCAGAUGUUGCUCGGAAAAUGUGGGGAGAACAUGGCACGCACAGUGUCUUGGUCGACAUCCCAGCAGUGCACUUCUAUUCUGAAUUGCUUCGAACCAAGGACGUUCUCUACUAUAUACUGCGGGAGCUGCAGUCUGUUCCACUUCCAUCCCAGCAGGACAAAAAGGAUAUUAACUCGAAAAAAUGGGUGCUGAUUGAUGAAAUCACCAAAGAUAUUGAAGGAAUGAAGGUUGGCAAAAAGAUUUCAGAAAUCAUGAAAACUGUUGAACAAAUGAAGGGCAGUCAGUGGCAGCUGGACCUGGAACAUGACGACCGGGACUUGCUGGGCCUGCUGGAAUCCUCUAAGGAUGAACCCUUAGGAGUAAUCCUCCGAGCGUUGUGUGUUCUCAAACACAAGCCAGCUGACGGUGUACCUCUUGCUAUCAAACAUGAACAAGAAAAGAAGCAAGCAACACCUUCAGAGAGGAAGAAAGCCUCGCACGAAGAUAUCAUCAAGGGAACAGCCAAGAAGCUUAAAGAGCAUAUGGAACAAAAUAGAGAUGACAAACAAAAACCUAAUAAUGGGAAUAUGGAACAAAAUACAGAUGAAGAACAGCAGCCUAAGCAGCAUAUGGGGAAAAAUGCAGAUCAAAAACAGCAGCCCAAAGAGCGUAGGGGAGAAGAAGCACGCGCAGAGCCAAUUCUUCUCGAUCAAGCCCAUUAUGAACACAUCCUAAGGAAGUUGUUCCCAGAGGCCAGCACGCAGCCCCUCCAGAUCCGUGAGCAAGAUUCGAAGCAAGCCACUGCCGUCACCGCCACUAGCACUAUUAGUGCAUUCAUCGAGGACCUAGUUAAUGAAAUGAUUCAUAAGGUCAUAAAAGAGCUGCAGGAAAACAGAUCCGUGACAGAACCAGGCACAGCUGAGAAACAGGAUGUCAAAUCUGUGACGGAACCAGAUAGAGCUGCUGGUAAAAAGGAUUGUAUCCCGGAUUCUCUUAUUGAAGAAAUAAUCUACAUGUUUUGGGAAAUCGAGUGGAUGAUGGAAGAGCAGAUCAAGAUCAAAAGGAUCAUGGACAAAAUUAAUGAUUGUUUGAAGAGCCGAGAUGGUCAGAUUCUGGUUAUCCUAAAACUGGAUAAUGACUAUGUGUCUGGGUGGACGGAGUUGAGAAAUGCUUUCAGCUUGAUGGGUCGCAUAGCCGGUGUACUGUUGUUGAACACAACAAUAAAUGCUGAUCGAGCCAAAAAAUAUUGCUGCCCGGAGCGGGAGCCCAUAGACUAUUCUCUUCUUGGCCUCUACCAUGAUACUGCACUCGAGCUUACAAAGAAGCACAUGAUUGAAGAUAGCCCGCGGAUUUUUCUUGACAUCUUGGGCGAGUGUAAGCAACAGGAAUUUUGCAUGAAGAUCUUCGUUCAUGCUUUGAACGCCAACCCCAAGAGAAGCAAGGAAGAGCUAAUCAAGUUGCACACAACCCUGCAGCAGGUUCCAGAUGACUCGUUAGAAAAAAUUGCUAAUAAGAUGCUCAAGUUCUCUUAUAGUGAUCUUCCUAAUGAAUACAAGUCCUGCUUGCUGUACCUAGCUAUUUUUCCUCGGCGGCAACGCAUCAGGCGGUCAACCUUAAUAGGACGUUGGGUUGUAGAAGGGCUGAUUACGAAGGAAGACUGGGCCAGUUCUGUGCGUCAUGCCAAUCGAUGUUUUGAUGCGCUGAUCAAUCGAUGGCUUAUUUAUGCUGCUGAUAUUGGUGCUACAGGAAAGAUAAAGAGUUGUGUGAUUGGUGAUCUAGUUCAUGCAUUCAUUACCAGGAUUGCUAGAAAACGGCGGAUUGUGGAAACACGCCUGUCACAUCACUUGGCUCUCCGCUUCUCCAUUUUCAAUGACCUUCGACUCCGUGGCUCAGAUAAAAUAGACAAAUUCUUUGAUAAGCUCUAUGAAGAAUCAUCUCGAGUGUCCCUGAUCAAGGUGCUAGAUCUGGAAGGUUGCCAAUGCUUUAGAGGGAAGAACCAAAGCUACCUCAGAGACAUAUGUAGCAAGAUGUUACUACUCAAGUAUCUGAGCCUAAGGGGAACAGAUGUUACCCAUCUACCCACUGAAAUCAACAACCUCCGUGAGCUGGAAGUAUUGGAUAUCAGAGAGACCAAUGUACCUCCAUCUGCAACAGUAAAUCUCUUACUCCUGAAGUUGAAGCGUUUGUUGGCUGGUCGCAUUGUUCUGAGUUCAGGGGCAAGUAGUACUGAAUUAUCUAGUGUUGAGAUUCCUGAGAAGGUCGAAAAAAUGGUAAACAUGGAGGUAUUGUCCAAUGUCAAGGCAAGAAAAAGAAGAGAUUUGAAAGAUAUUGGAAAGUUGUGGCAGCUGAGGAAGCUUGGUGUGGUUAUCGAAAACAAGGAGCCACACCUCAGGAAUUUUCUUCGAGCUAUUAGUGAUCUGCAUGAGUGCCUCAAGUCUCUGUCAAUCACUCUUCCCAGUACAGAGGACAGCAAAGUCUUCACAUCGUGGGUUCUUGAGCACUAUAAAAACACUCCCAAGCUUCUUGAGAGCCUAAGCAUUUCUGGAACCACACAAACAGUGCAACUUCUUCAAUUGUUCACCAGAGAUAGUGACCAGCUCCAACUUGACAAGGUAACUCUAUCUGGUACCAAGCUGAGGAAGGCUGAUCUGAAGGUCCUUGCCAGUCUGCCCAAAUUAGCAUGUCUCAGGCUGCGAGACAAGGCAUACAUCGAUAGUGACCUCACCUUCAUCAAUGGUGAAUUCAUAAAUCUCAAGUGCUUUCUUAUUGAGGGUUCCAACAUAAUUGUCCUCAACUUAGGUGGGGCACAUAAACUCGAGAAGAUCGUUCUGUGCUCCACCGAUGGCCUACUGUCAGUUUGUGGAGUCGAAGACCUUCCGGAACUAAAGGAGGUUGAGUUGAAGAACAUCAAUAAGCUUUCACUGUUUGAGAAGGCCAAAAACAUCUCCAAGGUGACUCUGUGUCAUACCAUUCUUUGUCAAGAAGAGCUGGAGAUUCUUGCCAAGAUACCUAACAUGCGCAACCUAGUACUGAAGGAGAUAUCUUAUGUACAGAGCCAACACAUCUUCUACGAACACGACUUCCCAAGGCUCAAACUUCUUGUCAUCGAAUUUUCUGCCAUCACCAAUAUCGUCUUUGCUAGCCAAUCUGCUACUAAUCUCGAGAGAAUAAUCUGGUCCUACACCAAGGGUACACUCUCCGGCAUUGACAACCUUCCAAAACUGAAGGAGAUCGAGUUCAAUGGUGAUUUUGUCCCCGAUGUGGUGAAAGAAGCAUUGAAAAGAAAUGACAACAAACCCAAGCUUAUACACAACAAACCAGAAAACCAACACCAAGAAGCUGGUAACAUACCAGAAAAGGAAGAUUCUCACAGAUUCCCAUUAUUCUGGAAGAGAGAGGAUUGA